AUGUCCAGAUACAAGGACAAGGAUGGUGGCAUUGUCCUCAGCUUCGGGGGGCAGUGGGUAAGCUGGGCGCACACGAUUGUUGCGUAUACCGCUUUCCUGAGCGCAUUGGUUGUCGGCGUCUCCCUGCACUAUCACAAGAUUGUCCAGAAUGAGUUCUAUGGAUAUCCUCAGGAGUGGUUUCCGUCCGUAUCAGCGACAAUUGGCGAUCGAUACCCCGAACGGUCGUUCUUCAUGAUCUUUAUCGCCAUCACAUCCGGACCUCGUUUUGCACUGGUUGGCCUCUUCUACCUUCUUACCCGGAAGCCCGGCACGAAGCUGCCUGGCUUCAUUGCUUCCAUGGGUGUUCUUCGGACCCUCACCUGUGGUGGCUGGACCUACAUCACCUCGACGGACGAUCACGACUGGCAUGACAUUCUCAUGAUUUCGUACAUUGUGGCAACUUUGCCUUGGACCCUGGGAUGCAUCGCCCUGAGCCCCCCAAACCCUCAAGCUAUUAAAUACCGCAAGUACCUCGCUACUGCUUUCUUCGGUACCCUUGUGCCUCUCAUUUACUUCUUUAUUCAGCACAAGGUGCAUCGUGUUGCCGGAGCCUAUACCAUUUAUGCAUUCUUUGAGUGGGCAUUGAUCCUCUUUGAUGUUGGCUUUGAUGCUGUUACAGCUCUGGAUUAUAACACAUUUGAAGUCGUAAUCAGGGAUGUCAAGGGUUUGAGCAAGGGUGACAAUCUCUCGUCCGUCCCGUCUGCUGUCAUGGAGAAAGAAAAGGAACAGGCGACUGGCGGCCUCUAUUCCCUGCGCUUCACUUGGUCCGAGGCGCUAGACACGGCUGCUGAUGUAUAUCAUGGAUUUGUGUUUUGGUCCAUGUUAACGAGUCUGGGGCUCGUAGUCUGGUAUUUCCCUCUUUGGCAUAUGGGCAUAUCUGGAUACGAAGCUUUUGUCUUGGUCUCUGUCUCUCCUCUGCUCCUCGUGGGACCCCUUCGAUCAGCUGUCAUCAGCAAUCAGCGAAUUGUCCAUCUUCUCUCUCUUUUAGGCGUUGCUGCCUACUUGGUUUUGAACCCUGCUCGGCGUCUUUUGACAGUUGGUUUUGGUGUUGCUAUGUCGACCUUGGGCUGGGUUGCCACUCUCCAUGCAGAGUCGCUGCAUGAAGCCAGAUUUGAGUCCAAGGUGCUCGGCUUGCUGACCGGUCUCAUUCUUUCGUCAACCGCCAAAUUCGCAUGGCAAACCAAUAACCCUAUCUGGCCCAUCAUGCAUGAGGCGAAUGGUGGAUGGAACCUCACUGGGCUAGUGCUUGCAGUCUUGGCUGCUUUGCGCUUUACCCGCAAGGCUCCUCUGACAGGCACAACCCCUGAUGGCAUCCAGAGGGGCUCAACUGUUCUAGCUGCGUGUGGCAUUGGAGGUGUUUUCUUCGGUAUGCACUCCCUGUUAUCUGAUACCAGCACCAUGAUUCUUUGGACCUGGGAAGGCUUUCCUGUUCGGGGUCCUUACUUCUCUACACACGGCUGGUGCACUCUUGCCGCCAUGUCUGCCGGUCUCUUUAUUGGAAUCUGCAAACCUUCUCUUGCCGGUAGCUGGCCCCUGUAUGCCGUCGGCACCAUGGGUGCAAUGGUUUUGACAUUCUUCAGUCACUGGUUUGGAUACUAUGGUGGUCUUGCUAUUGCCGUCUACUUGAUGGCUGUUGCCGUGCCUCUGCUUGGCAACGCUUCCAAGAAGAGCCCUGCCGUCACUUUUGGCGUCGGCUUCUUCAUAUACGUCUUUUUGGUUCUGUUCCAUGUCUGGGUGGUCGCCUAUGCCUUUGUUCCUGGCGGUCCUCUGGUGCGUGAGCACACCGACUGGAUCAUGUACUCGAUGAUGGGCCUUAUCGGCGCUGGUGUUUAUGACUACAAUGCCUCAGAGCCGCGCAAGCAGCAGCCUCGUCGCACCUCUGCUUCUCAGCACAAGAAAUACUUUGGAUUUGCCACCGUCAUGAUCAAUAUUCUCUUUCUGUGCGCGGCCUUUAUGCGCUUCCCCACCAACGACUACAAGCCAUAUAAUGCCAAGGACCGUGUGCUCACAGCUGGUAUUUGGACCAUUCACUUUUCCUUGGACAAUGACAUGUGGUCAUCAGAGUACCGCAUGCGAGACCUUAUCAAGGAGCUGGAGCUUGACGUUGUUGGACUUCUCGAGUCGGACCUGCAGCGCAUCAUCAUGGGCAACCGUGAUACCACGCAGUUUCUGGCCGAGGAUCUGGGCAUGUAUGUCGACUACGGCCCUGGGCCCAACAAGCACACUUGGGGUGCUGCUUUGCUUUCUAAAUUCCCCAUUGUUGAGUCCAAGCACCACCUCCUCCCCAGUCCGGCAGGCGAGCUGGCACCGGCUAUUCACGCCACACUCGAUGUGUACGGCGAACUGGUCGAUGUGUUUGUCUUCCACUCCGGACAAGAAGAGGAUCCCGAAGACCGACGCCUGCAGUCCGAGUACCUGGCGCAAUUGAUGGGCUCUACUCCGCGACCCGCGCUCCUUCUCAGCUACCUUGUCACGAAGCCUCUCCAAGGCAACUACAACACGUACGUGAGCCAGAAGUCUGGCAUGCACGAUGUCGACCCAACUGAUUGGGACCGAUGGUGCGAGUACAUUCUCUUCAAGAAGCUAAAGCGUGUGGGCUAUGCCCGCGUGAGUAGAAGCACAAUUACCGAUACGGAGCUGCAGGUGGCCAAAUUUGUGAUCCCCCACUCUGCGGCCGAAGCGCAGCAGCUGGACUCGGUGUCUGCCGAGGAACGUAACCGUCGCGUACAGGAGUCUGAGGUCCCAGAUGGCUGGAGGUUUCCCGCCAUGUUCAGAGGACAGGGCGUAAGAGAUCACAGAUAUCACGUCUUUGACGAGCCUAGGUACUUUAAUUAA